AUGUAUGACGGCGGAAAGAAAGCUGCUGGUUCCAUUCUAUCUAACGUUAUCAAGUCGAAAAUUGAUGGGGAAUAUGCAAGAAAUUGUCCGGGGAAUGAAUACAUCGAAUUACACGGCAUACCACUUAUCACUCGCAACCUCGACCUCGUCCGAACACCGUCCGAACGACCUCACGAUAUCGAUAUCGACCUCGCCUUCACGACCUCGACCUCGCCUUCACUCUUCACGACAGAACACCGUCCGAGGAGUUCCACCUCUGCCCUUCACUCUUCACGACCUCGCCUUCACGACUCUUCACGACCUCGUCGGAAUCUGAAAUCAGAGCUUGAAGUGCUUAGCUGGAGGUUAGAUGCUGACAACUAUGAAACAGAUCCAGAGCUGAAAACAAUUCGCGAAGCUCGUGGACAUGGUAUGGACUUUUGCGAAGUUUGUCCGGAAAAGCUUCCAAACUACGACGAGAAGAUUAAGAACAUUUUUGAAGAACGUCUGCAUACUGAUGAGGAAAUUUGGUAUUGUGUUGCAGGGAGUGGUUAUUUUGAUGUGCGAGAUCGUGAUGAGUCUUGUAUCCGCGUUUGGGUUAAGAAAGGGGCCUUGAUUGUCCUACCAGCUGGGAUUUAUCAUCGUUUUACACUUGAUUCAGUCAAUUAUAUCAAGGUAAGGAUCAGCGGAGCAUGUGUUAAGCUUCUUUUAACCAGGAUGCUUGCUUUUAAACUAGUUUUAGAUGGUCAAACAAGGGAUCAAUCAUAGUUUUUCCUGUUGGCCUUUUACUUUUUGUUGAUUCUUCGUUUACUAUUUUUUAAUAUAUUGAACUUUUGGAUUCAUAUUUGAAGUUUACUGAUCAAACUCAGAUUUUCCACUUUCCUGUAAGUUUCAUUUUUCUCCUUGAGCAAAAGUUUGGGUUUACUCGAUUUGAUGGCAUAAUUUGAUUAAUUUCUGCCAUAAUGCUUGAGUUUUUGCUUCUUAGGCUUAUAAAUAUGUGUAAUUAGGGCAUUUAAUGCGCAUCUAUCAUGGCAUGAAUGUGAAUGUUUGGACAGAUUUUUAUUGUUUUAUAUCGACUGUAUGAUGUUGAGACCUUGGACAGAUUUUUAUUGUUUGGACUGUAUGAUGUUUAAUUUGCUUGGUCAGUUGGGGGAGAUGAGAUUGAGACCUUGGCUAAUAUAAAAGCAAAAGUGGGCUGCUUACUCAUGUCACGGUUACUAAUUGGUGCGCGAUUUUUAUGUGAGAUUUUUAUUGUUUGAACUGUAUAACGGUAAGGUACAUUCUCGUUUUGGUUUCACUCAUAUCUCGGUAACAAACUGGUGCGCGAGCUAAAGCCCAGUCCUUUCUGAAGUGGGCUGCUUAAUCAUACACAAACACCAUCUCAAACUACCGAUCUGAUAUUAGUUUUGAUUUCUACAUCCUGCUCUUUUUU